GCUAAUUUCCGAGUAUGAAAAUGGCCAUAACUUUUUUAAUACUGAAGAUAUGAAAGUGAAUUAGGUGUCAAAUUAAAUUUCUGUUUAUGCUUUAACUGAUGGGAUAAAUUACAGACUUGAUUUUUUAAAUCUCAAAAUUUUGUAACAUUGCUACUCAAAUAGCAUUAAGGUGCUGUUCAUUAGCAUGUUUAGAAAGGUCAUUUUGCUUCUUCCUCUUUGGAGAUCAGCCAAGAACAAUAGGUUGCAAUGCGAUGGUUCAACCAGUUAAUCUGGUAUUUUCCUGGUCCCAUAGCCUCCAAUUGGCUACUUAUUAUCAGGCAACAUCUAGCUCUAUAGACAUUGGAUGGCUUGAUUGUAAUCAUGUUUUUUUUUUUGUUGACUGGAAAGCUUUUCACGGUACACGUAACAGUAAACUAAACUCAAACUCAAAAGAAGGUGCAUAGUUGACUGAGUGAAGACUUUGAAGAGUACCAAUUUGCCCAAAGUGUGAUGACUCUUUUCCUCCUUCAAUAAUUGUAUUGUCAGGUAGUUGGUGAUCCAGAACACCAAUGGAGCAUCUACCUGCAUCUUUAUCAGUUUGCUCACGAGAAGUAAUUGGAGGAGCUGGGAUGCAUCUUCUUUGAUAAAGGAAACAGAUACAAAUUUGUACUUUUUAAUGAAGAUUCGCCAGCGCGUAUCAGAUUAUAUAAUGGGUGAAAACACAACGGACUCCAGUAACAAUAAUCAUGAAGAUGCAUUAAAUGCAAACCUGGAUGAAGGAAUCAUGUCAACAAUUGUAAACACCAUGACACCAAUUGUAAACACCGUGUCAACAACAAUUUUAAACAUUGUGUUAAUAAUUGUAAACACUGUGUCAACAAUUGUAAAUGCCGUGCCACCAAUUGUAAAUACUGUGUCAACAACAAUUGUAAACACCGUGUCAACAAUUGUAAACUCCAUGUCAACAAUAAUUGUAAACACUGUGUCACCAAUUGUAAACUCCAUGUCAACAACAAUUGUAAACACCGUGCCACCAAUUGUAAACACCGUGUCAACAACAAUUUUAAACAUUGUGUUAAUAAUUGUAAACACUGUGUCAACAAUUGUAAACACCGUGCCACCAAUUGUAAACACUGUGUCAACAACAAUUGUAAACACCGUGUCAACAAUUGUAAACACCGUGCCACCAAUUGUAAACUCCAUGUCAACAACAAUUGUAAACACCGUGCCACCAAUUGUAAACUCCAUGUCAACAACAAUUGUAAACACCGUGCCACCAAUUGUAAACUCCAUGUCAACAACAAUUGUAAACAUCGUGCCACCAAUUGUAAACUCCAUGUCAACAACAAUUGUAAACAUCGUGUCACCAAUUGUAAACACCGUGUCAAUAACAAUUGUAAACACCGUGCCACCAAUUCUAAACAUCAUGUCAACAAUUGUAAACACCGUGUCAACAAUACUUGUAAACACCGUGUCAACAAUUCUAAACACCAUGACAACAAUAAUUGAAAACAUCAUGUCAACAAUUCUAAACACCAUGUCAACAAUACUUGAAAACAUCAUGUCAACAAUUCUAAACACCAUGUCAACAAUAAUUGAAAACAUCAUGUCAACAAUUCUAAACAUCAUGUCAACAAUAACUGUAAACAUUGUGUCAACAAUUCUAAACACCGUGUCAAUAAUAAUUGUAAACACCGUGUUAACAAUUCUAAACUGUGUCACCAAUUCUAAACACCGUGUCAACAGAUCUAAACACUGUUUUAAGAAUUUAAAAACAGUUACCCAUUUAAAAGUACGAGUGAAUAAAAAUCCUAGACAGCAUGCUAACAAUUCUAAACAUGGAGAUACAUAGAUACAUAGAAAAUAGGUGCAGGAGUAGGUUCAUUCAGCCCUUCGAGGCAGCACCUCCAUUCAAUGUGAUCAUGGCUGAUCAUCCACAAUCAUUAGUCCGUUCCUGCCUUCUCCCCAUAUCACUUGAUUCCGCUAGUCCUAACUGCUCUAUCUACCUCUCUUUUGAAUGAUUCCAGUGAAUCGGUCUCCACUGCCUUCCACUGCCAGAUUCACAACUCUCUAGAUGAAAAUGUUUUUCCUCAUCUCAGUUCUAAAUGGCCGACCCCUUAUUCUUAAACUGUGGCCCCUGGUUCUAGACACCCCCAACAUCGGGAACAUGUUUCCUGCAUCAUGCGUGACCAAUCCCUUAAUAAUUUUAUAUGUUUCUAUAAGAUCCCAAUCUCAUCCUUCCAAAUUUCGGUGAAUACAAGCCCAGUCAAUCCAUUCUUUCAUCAUUUCGUCAAGACUGUAGGAAUGAAAUUUCAUUCAAACCUUGUCUGAAUGACAAUAAAAGGCAUUCUAUUCUAUGACAGUCCUGCCAUCCUGGGAACAACCUUGUGAGCCUAUGCUGCACUCCCUCAAUAGCAAGAAUGUCCUUGCUCAAAUUAGGAGACCAACACUGCACACAUUACUCCAGGUGUGGACUCACUAGGGUCCUGUACAACUGCAGAAGGACCUCUUUGCUCCUGUACUUAACUCCUCUUGUUAUGAAGGCCAACAUGCCAUUAGCUUUCUUCACUUCCUGCUGUACCUGCAUGCUUAAACUGUCAACAAUUCUAAGAAUGGUUUUCAAAAGCAAUUGCUUACUUGCUCACUGGGAUGAGAAUGGUGGUACAAGCUGAUGUUGAUCUGCUACUUCUAAUAUCAAUAGACCUACGAACAAGUGCAAUAAAAAAACUAACUAAUGCCAAUUCCUAACUAAGGCCAUAAACCAGGUGAAGAAAUUAUUUCAGUUUCUUGAAAGAAACAUACACGCAAGAGAAAAUGCACAUAAAACUUUACAAAUGUUUUGUAAGCUAUUCGAGCAAACUCUCCAGACAUGCUGACUAUCCCGCUGAGUUACUCCAGCAUUUUGUGUCUAUCUUUGGUAUAAUCAAGCACUUGCAGUUCCUUCCUAUACAUGGACACAUAGGACCAUGACACAUAGAUGGACUUGUAGAUUGACACUGGAAGGAAAUUUUCAAAAAUCUUCUUAACUAUGACUGUCUUUGACAUGAGUUCCCGUGGUUCUUUCACACAGCGGUUGAUUCUGGUUGCCGAAAGGGCCUGUCCCACUAAUGCGAUUUUUUGGGAAACUUGCCGGCACCCGUCAUAGUCGCAGCAGGUCUCCAAAAACUUUCUACAUGUCACCCCACCUGUACGGUCGUGAGAAGUCGCCCAAAGAGUCGAACCUUUUUCUGGUUGCUGUUGGAUUUUUACCAUGUUGAAAAUUUUCAACGACCUGCUAUUACAGGUGCCGGGAAGUCGCCCAAAAAUUUACAUUGGUGGGACAGGCCCUUUAGUCUGCCAUUGACAUUUUUCUCUAUUUUUCUCCCCACAAUGCUCACUUAUAAUUAUUGGAAAGCAAUUCAACCUGUGAGGAAGUGGAAAAACAUUGAACUAGUCUGAGGAGGUGAUCGAUGGUCGGUGUGGGCUGAGUGGGCCGAAAGGCCUGUUUCAAUGUUGUCUCUGUUCAAUCAAUCUUUCAACUACAUCAAGGGACAAGGACACCUCGACCCACAGUCAAGCACAUUACAUAGACAAUGCCAGUGUUUGUAUCUGUUCAAUGAGUGGAAUCGAAGGAGUUGCCAAUAGGCUUGCAAGAGGAGAGGAUUUGUACUGGACCAGAAAGACAUUAUGAGAUCCCUGUAUUGGGCUACUCAAGGCACUGGAGAGAUGUCUCCUUUUCUGGACGUUAAUGAGUUCAUAUCAUUGAAUAAGAAAAAAACGUUUUCCCCAAACUUUGAAUUAGAGUCAUAGUCACAGAGUCUUACUCCGUGGAAAUAGGCCCUUCGGCCCAACUAUUUAUAAUUCAUGUAGAAACAAUGCAGUGUAACAGAAUGAGUUGGGCAGAUUAGAAUGGCCUUACAUUUGCUGAGGAAAUGACAUUAUUAGAUACACUUAAUUUGCACACAUUUUGUAAUGAAAGACUAGUACCUCGAAUGUUAGACACAAAAUGCUGGAGUAACUCAGUGGGACAGGCUGCAUCUCUGGAUCGAAGUAAUGGGUGACGUUUUGGGUCGAAACCCUUCUUCAGAAGCCCCAUUCCUUCUCUCCAGAGAUGCUGCCUGUCCUGCUGAGAUACUCCAGCAUUUUUAUAUCUAUCUUCAGCGUAAACCAGCAUCUGCAGUUCCCUCUUGCACAGCAGCACAAAUAUAUUUGAAAGAAAAGCCUUAUCCAGUUGACAUAAUGCCAGUUUUAUUUUUAAGCAAAUGGAUUAUUGCAUUAGCAAACUUUAUGAAUCAUUCAAUUUUUUGGGAAAUUUGCAUGGAUGUGCAGGAUUGUAGGUGAAUUGGUUGCUGUAAAUUACUCCCAGUGUGCAGGGGGGGUUCUGCCAAGGUGGGAUGACAUAAGGCCAAUGUGAUGGAUGGUCGGUGUGGACUUGAUGGGCCGCUGGGCCUAUUCCCAUGCUGUAUCUUUAAAAAACCAGCCCCUCUUGCUUCUUCAUGGUAGCCCAAUCAUGAUGGGUUUCAGAUCAGCUCAUAAACCGGGUACUGGGCAGAGCAGCGGGUGGCACCACCGCAGUGGCUGUUUCGCCAACAAUCUGUAUAUCCCCUCUCUCUUUUUAUUAUUUUAAGUAUGUUUUAAAUGUAUGAUUUAGUGUUUCUUGGUCUGUUUUAUGUGGGGGGGGGGGAAUCAUGGGGCAACCAUUUUCAGUCACUUGCCACAACGGAGAUGCAAUUUUUCUCUGUAUCGUAUGUCCGUCCCCCCUGCGACCUAACAACGUGGAGCGGUGUGGCCCUUCCUGAAGACCGGCCCGGUGCUUCAAGCCGUGGGCGCGCGGACUUACCAUUGUGGAGCCAACGAUCCUUUGUCGAGGAUUGUCUGUGAAAAGAGCUCCAACCACGUGGCCUGUGGAGUUUAACACUGUGUAGCCCAUGGUUGGCCCGUGAAGGCCGACUAGGGAGUUCCAUGCCUUAGAGUGUUCCAAUCCAUCCCGAUGCCGGAGUUUCGAUCUCCCGACAUGAGGGAUUCGGACAUCGGACCAUCGGUAGCGGCGACUGCGGAGGGUUCAACGGCCCUGACCAUGGGGUGAACAAGGAUGAAAAUGAUUGAACUUUAUUGCUUUCCAUCUCAGUGAGGAAUGUGGAUUCCGCUGUGGUGAAUGUUUAUGUUAAAUUUUACUUUAUGUGGCUGUGCGUAUUGUGGCUUUUAACUUAGUAUGGCUGUAUUGUAACUUAAAUAUCACUGUACCUUAAUUGGUGCAUGUGGCAAUAAAUUCGAACUUGAACUUGAAA